AUGCCAUUCCAUUGGAUCAGUCAAUGGACUGGGGGAUUCUUCGAGGACACUUCCUUGACCAAGAUAGGGCUGGAAAUUCACCUCGGUUGCCAGGGAAAGCCUUGCCCAGAAGUGACCGAUGAUUGGUACGACACAGAUGAUGAAGGAGACAAUUUUGCUGAAGGCCAGUGGGUACCUUUGGUCAAUGACUCCCGGACAACUAUGGUGGUGGAUACAUCAGGCGUCCACUCCCUAAUGAUCAGAUUCUGUCAGUGCGCCAGUGCACUUGGUCCCAACAUGCAACUAUUUGAAAUUGGCCUCUUCCCAGCAUCUUUCACCUCGCCGAAGACAGCAUUCACAUUUGCAGUGUUGGACGACUUCCUGUUGGAUAACCUGGAAUGUGGGACAUCUGCGAUGAACUACUAUAGCAAAUUAAGGCGAAUCACUUCAAGCGUAUUCCCGCAUCUGGUUCCAGACCAAUACAGAGAAUUGAUGAGGGUGGGCAGGCAGUGGAGACAGCUGAAGCAGCUCAAGUGGCAUGGGUUUGGCCAUGAGAAGCAAAAGCCAAAGGCAGGGGAGCUUGCACUGUUCUGUCCUGCAUGUCUGCAGCCCGGGGUAAACAUCAAUUUGGCAGAAAGGAAUGUGUCCAAUCCUGCAUGGCUAUAUUUGAUAUCCUUGGUGAUGGAUGGCAACUUCAAGGCCGAGCAUCUGUUUCCGGCGAAUCCGACUGAUGAGGUGGCAUUGACCGAUGACCUUGGAUUUAUGGUCGGCGAUGGCCAAUACAAACUGCAUCUCGCCGAGGCACAGGAUAUUGUACAUCGGUCAGACUGCAACAACCACCGAGCUGUCAAUCAGGUGAACACUUCACGUCACAAGCUUGAAGCAACUGGGAUUGGCAGUUGUGCAUGCGCUAGACAUGGGUGUUUUGUACCUCAUUCAAUGGUGGAAUUUCAGAAGGGGGAAAGUCAAAGGCAGAUGAACAUGGAUUAUGCGCUGUGUCAAGCUCUGGGGUACAACACCGAUGGGAUCGACUGGGCAUUGAUGUUCUAUGACAUCAAUUGUCAAUACCACAAGCAUCUCGACCAGCGGGUUGAGGAGUCACCUUAUCUUGAUCUUCCGUGGGGCAUGGAGGCGAGAUGGCCGGCCGGUGAGAUCCAUCGUGGUGCUGUGACAUGGCUGGCAUCUGGAAUAACACUGGAGGAGGCGCAAGUUGCGCUCCUGAUUGAUGUGAAGAAACUUGGAAGGUGGCUGACCGAUGCUCAGAAGCUGGCGAUAGCUCGGCGCCGCAACAGAAUGCAAGGUCAAAUAGAUGAAUUUGUCAGGGUGGCAGUGACAUUUCUCGGCGAUCAACUGGAUGAAUAUGAUCAGUUGGACCUCAUGAUCAUGAUGUUGGAUGCUGCAGAACUGGAUUCUGCUGGGUCAUCAUCUGACAAUCCUGAUCGGCCGGACGACAAAGACCAAUAUGAUACACCGGUCAAGUUCACUCCCGAGACCCUGGUGAUUCCACUGCCCUCGAACAUAGGGAUUGAAAGAUGCGCUGAGUGGGGCGUCGCCGACCUGGUGCUCCAAGAAAUAUCAUUGAGAGAAGGUCAAGCUAAUGACGCAGUGCAUGCCAUCAGGGUUAACUUGGCCAACAAGGCUGUUCUCUCCCACACCACGGUGCGGUCAGCGAAGUCACAAGCUCGGUCAACUCGUGCAUGGGCCUGGGUGCACUCGGUGGACAAGAUCCUUCACUUAAAUGUACAGAUAUACUCCAAAUGUUGCAGCCAACUCAUUCACCUCGGCGCCAAUGACUUACUGGCCAAGUUCCGGCCAUUGGAGAAGGCCGACCUAAAGGCUACUACGGUGGUGGCAGACCCAAAUGCUCGCAGUCAAAGGAAUAGCACGUUGGCGUGGUUCUGGUCCAUUGAUGUUCAAGGAGAUUCCACCAGCAAUGACUGGAUGAAUGAAUUUUACUGUGUCCAUUGGCUUAGAAUGCUGGCAAUGCGUGAUAGAUGGACAGAGGAGCUCCUGCUGCCUCUUGCAUUCGGCCGAUGCAAACCAGAAGGUCGGUCAUCGGUGCUAUGUGGCCCGCCAGGCUCGAAUUUAUCUCCGACUCUCGCAGCAAGCCCAAGAUAG